CUCAAUUUCUGCAAAGCAUACACUUUCAAAACCGAGGGCAGCCCAGGCCGGCUCCCUUGUCAUAGUCAGUGCAACACCGUUCGUGCGCUCGUGUCGCAGUAGAGUGUCAAGCUCCACAGCAACACGAACUUGCUGAAUUUUCAUUAGCACUGUAGACGGGGCCAAUUGAGUACACGAGGCCUUUGGGCGGACCUGUCUCGGAGAUUGUCAGUGUCUGAUUCUCUGCGCUGCACAAUGUGGCGUCUUUUCCUUACUGCGGCUGGCUCGGCCAAAUCUGAGUCUUCUGCACUUGCGGGCUUCGUGCGCGGCUUCGCUUCUCAGGCGGCGCACAACCCAGCUGUGUUCGUUGACAAGAACACGAAGGUUAUCUGCCAGGGCCUGACCGGCAAGAAUGGAACCUUUCACACGGAACAGGCUAUCGCCUACGGCACCCAAAUGGUGGGCGGCGUGACACCCAAGAAGGGCGGCACCAGCCACCUGGGCCUCCCCGUGUUCAACACAGUGGCUGAGGCCAAGGCCGCCACCGGCUGCCACGCCACCGUCAUCUACGUGCCGCCGCCCUUCGCGGCCAAGGCCAUUCUGGAGGCUGUUGAGGCGGAGCUGGAGCUGGUGGUGUGCAUCACCGAGGGCAUCCCGCAGCACGACAUGGUUCGCGUGAAGAAGGCGAUGCAGGGCCAGACCAAGACGCGGCUCAUAGGCCCCAACUGCCCCGGCAUCAUCAAGCCCGGAGAGUGUAAGAUUGGCAUCAUGCCGGGGUACAUCCACACGCCGGGCAAGAUUGGUAUUGUCAGCCGCUCGGGGACGCUCACGUACGAGGCUGUGUUCCAGACCACCAACCAGGGCCUGGGCCAGUCCACGGUGGUGGGCAUCGGCGGCGACCCCUUCAACGGCACCAACUUCGUGGACUGCCUGGAGCGGUUCGUCAAGGACCCGCAGACGGAGGGCAUCAUCAUGAUUGGCGAGAUCGGCGGCACGGCCGAGGAGGAGGCGGCCGAGUUCAUCCGGAAGUCCGGGACUAAGAAGCCUGUGGUGUCCUUCAUCGCCGGUCUGACGGCGCCACCGGGGCGGCGCAUGGGCCACGCCGGCGCCAUCAUCAGCGGCGGCAAGGGCACUGCCACCGACAAGAUCAAGGCGCUGGAGGAGGCGGGCGUCACUGUCACCCGCUCGCCCGCGCAGAUGGGCGUCACGAUGAUGCGCGUCAUGAAGGAGCGCGGCCUGGCCUAAGCGGAGGCGACGGCCGCGGGGCGUUGGGUGUGGUGGGCUGGUGUGGCGACGGCUGCUAGGGUCAGAACUCAGAAGAGUUUCGGAGGAUAGAACGCCGCCCGCCGCGUGAAAGCGGGUUGUAUGCGGCUUCGACGGCUUUGCAUAGUGGGCCGCUGGUCACUGACAUGGAGUGCAUGCUAAGGCGGUCUGUGCGCAUAGGCGUGCGCAUUACUGUACCGUACCGUCCCAUCGCCACGCAGUGAAGAAAUUCUUGGGUGCUGAGUCAGCUGAACCUAGUAGUAGGAGCUCUGACCGGACGUAUUGACGGCAGGCGGUCUCUCACGGCUUAACAACCAGAAAUAGCAUGAGUAUCCCUAUCUUGUACGACCGGUAUUGGGGGCGAGGUGUUUGGGUAAAUUGGGUUGGUUCCAUGGAGAUAGGAUGUAAGCGUAUGGCAAGGCCUUCAAGUGCACUGCCACAUAACAGUAAGGCCACCAUGGUUGCUGAUGUGGUGAGCAAGUGCGCCACGUGCUCGAAAAGCUAGCAUGCAGAUGAGGCGGAAAGGAGGGGCAUGCACAUGGCAGCGGCACCCCAGCCAACCCCAGCCAUGGCGGGAGGGCCCGGCAGAGGAAGAU